AGAACCAACCGACACAUGGUCGAUUCCACUUAUGGACGCCAUAGGCAAGAUUAUUACGUCACAAUAAGUGCUUGGUUUGUUGAUUCUGAAGAUUUUUCGAAUCCAUCGACGCCCAUGUUUCGUGAGAAAGCGCUAGUGAGUGGAUGUCAAGGACCUUUAAUAAAAGUCGGUGCUAUUAUGACGUCACCAACCCAUAUCGUCUAUUGUGACAAAACAUUUGUAACAAUCAUGUUUCUCUCGUUUAUAGGAGGCGUAAGAAGAAGGCAAACCUCUCUCGCAUACGAAGCCGAAACCGACAAUUCAUUCAAUGAAAGUUCAAUCAAGAUGAAGCGGGAUUAUGCUCAUAGCGAUAGUGACAAUGAUGACGCGAAAAGAUUCGACACACCGUCACAAACGUCAGCGAGAAAGAAACGUCGAGGGGUAAUCGAGAAACGACGACGAGACCGAAUAAACAACAGUCUUUCCGAACUUCGCCGAAUGAUUCCGGCAGCUUCCGAAAAACACGGAUCGUCGAAACUUGAGAAAGCGGAAAUACUUCAGCUGACAGUGGAGCAUUUAAAGACUUUGCAGAGCGCAAUAAGCAAAGGGUACUUCCCGUUUAUGGACGUCCGCACGAUGGCGGUAGACUACCAUAGUUUUGGAUUCCGUGAAUGCGUAUCAGAAGUGGCGAGAUAUAUGAUUUCUAUGGAUGGUAUACAAUCCUCAGUGAGGGAAAAUCUGCUGAGUCAUCUUCAAAAUGUGAUGACUCAUAAACCAACAGUUCCCCCCCAACCCUGGCCCGCUACAAUCAACAACGUCAUCAGACCUCAUUACGUCACGUCCGGCCACGUCAUGCUUCAUGACGCAGCACUUAUGUUUGAUGACGUCAAAAACAAACUGACCAAUCAGCGCCUUGUACCAACUUUCCCGCCAAAACCAACGAUGAUUUCAAACAUCCGAGGAUCGGAAAAUAUUGGGCAUAUUUCGCGGAAAGAUGGCGCCCCAAUCCCCGCCGGUUGCUCCGAAGAUCGCCGAAGUGUAAGAAACACCUACCGACCAUGGGUGGCGGAAUUGAGCUUGCUAUAAAUGAACCCAACCUUUCGGGGUUCGAACCUUGGUGCCGGAAAUUAAAAUGGGGGUUAGGGGGAAUACCCUGGUUAAUAUAAAUUAACUGUGAUGUCAUAAUGAAACACUUCCGCGUAACAAUAGAAAUGAUUCGAUUAUUCCUUUAUUGUUGACAACAAUCACGAUUGUCAUCCAUUGUCGACAGGAUGAACACACCUACGUGACGUCAUAAUGGUAUUAUGACGUAAUAAUAUAAGCAGAUGUUCCAACUAAAUGUUGAUUGACGUGUCAUGAUUGUAACGCUUUGCGAUACGUCAUCAAAUGUAUUUAUUUCAUAUUUUAUUUGCACUUGUAAUAAACAAUGCUUAUUGUUAA